AUGUUUGACGACGGUGUUGAAUAUUUGGAUCCCGAACAGAAAAACAAGUUUGCAAAAUCAUUGUAUAAGUACCAAGAUGUGUUUGCAAAGUCGUCCGACGAUCUCGGGUGCACAAACGUCGUGAAACACAAGAUAAACACUGAAAGUGCUAACUCCAUAGUGCUAGACGACAGCCAUAUGGAAAUAGAGAAGUGGAACGGGCUGAAGUUGAGAAGAUGCUUCAAAAGGGUUCGGAGCUUUGAGGUUCGGAGCUUUGAUUACAGAAGAUUCGUAAAGGGAUUUGCUGACAUUGCCAAACCACUUCACAAAUUGUGUGUGAAAAAUUCGAAAUUUAUUUGGAAUCAGAUGUGCCAAGAAGCUUUUGAUUUCCUCAAAGAGAUGCUUACAUCAGCACCGGUGCUAGCGUACCCUCAACUGGGUUCUCAGUUCAUUCUAGACACAGAUGCUUCAGAUAACAUAGAGCCGGAACAAGCCACAAAAAUGCCGAUGCUUUGUCCAGAAGACCAUGCAAGUCAUGCGAGCACCAACAAGAUAAUCAAGAAGCGAUGA